GCCAAUCCACGCGGCGCAGCAUUGUUAUUUUUAUUUAUACAAUCACAAGACCGGCAAGGAAACCAAAAAAAUGGUCUCACAGGAACAGAUCGAGGCCAUUGGCGGGGUGCUGAACAACAAGGAGAGGCCAUUAAAGGAGCGGUUCCGCGCCCUCUUCACACUGAAGAAUAUUGGUGGCAAAACUGCCAUCGAUUCCAUUAGCAAGGCAUUCGACGAUGAUUCAGCCUUGCUCAAGCACGAAUUGGCCUACUGCCUGGGACAGAUGCAGGACCCAAAGGCGUUGGACAUACUCACGAAGGUCUUGAAGGACACCACACAAGAGCCUAUGGUUCGCCACGAAGCUGCCGAGGCCAUGGGCGCCAUUGGCCACGCAGACGUUCUGGCCAUCCUCGAGGAGUACAAGAAGGAUCCCGUCGUCGAGGUGGCUGAAACAUGCGCCAUCGCACUGGACCGUGUACGCUGGCUGCAGAGCGGACAGCAGGUGGACGACAAAAAUCCCUACGCCUCCGUGGAUCCCUCCCCCCCGACGUCCGGCGACAAGAGCGUGGCUGAGCUAAAGGCCAUCUACUUGGACGCCAAGCAGACGCUGUUCGAUCGCUACCGGGCCAUGUUCAGCUUGCGCAACUUGCGCACAGAGGAGAGUGUCCUGGCCAUAGCUGAGGGACUCAAGGAUUCGUCUGCCCUUUUCCGUCACGAGGUGGCCUUUGUUCUGGGUCAACUGCAAGAGCCCUGCAGCAUUCCGUAUUUGCAGCAGAACCUGGAGGACCACAAGGAAAAUGAGAUGGUUCGCCAUGAGUGUGCAGAAGCUCUGGGAGCCAUUGCCUCGGACGAAUGCAUACAGAUUCUGAACCGCUAUGCAGACGAUGAGAAGCGUGUGGUCAAGGAGAGCUGUGUGAUUGCCCUGGACAUGUGCGAGUACGAGAACAGUCCGGAGUUUCAGUAUGCCGAUGGCCUCACAAAGCUGGAUGGGACUAAAUAAUCAUAUUUAGCAUUUGAAUUUAUUUUACUGUAUAUAUUAUUUGUAAAUUUGUAUUGUUAAAUCACGGUACGUGAUUGCCCAGAAUCUAAUCUAAUCGGUCGGCAUUAAAGUGAAUCGAAACGUGACUU